UGAGAAGAAGUUGUGUUCCACUUAGGCCAAUCAAAGUGAAGCAAUGGAGGAAGGUAGACCGCUGCAGAACAUGGCGGAGGCCUUCAAAGAAUUGAGCAACAGAUUAAAUGAGUUUCCCGAAGGUGAAGAAGCUGGCCUCGAAGUCGCUGCGUUUGUUAAGGCCUGCUCUUCCGUCUCUCCUCUCAUCCGAUGUCUCGGCGGUGCUUUCUUAUACGCUGAGAUCGAAUAUGUUUCCAAAGUGAAGGAUCUUGAGGAGGCUUCAAAAUCAGUAUCUGUGGUGGCGGAGAUGAUAGAUGAGGAUGUUAGAUCAGAUUGUGUGCGCAAGGCCGGGAGUCACACAAGAAAUCUUUUGAGACUCAAGCGUGUACUUGACAUGAUCAAAAUUUUGUUUGAGAAAAUCAUUUCUACAGAGGGAAAUUCCCUAAAGGAUCAAGCUAUAGAAGCUUUCUCAGUCUUCUCUUCACACCAUGGAUUUACCAUUAGAAAAGACGUGACUGCAGGAAUGUUUGAUGCCUUUCCCACAAGGGCACAACUCUUAAUCAAACUCAAUGAAGAUGAAAGUUCAUCAAGAAUUGAGAUGCAGAAGUUCAUAUCCUCAGCAGCUCAAGUCGGCGAGUACCUUGACCAGCUCUUCAACACAAGAGGAUUAGGAACUGAUUGGUGAAAUUGUACGGAUUAGUAUACUCCACUUUUUAACAUCUCAUAUAUGUAUCUCAUACUACUCCUACUAUAUGUUUGUAUUUUACUGCCACUUGUAUAUAUUCAAUAACUCUUAACAUA